AUGGCGCUCACUGGGGCCACAGCGGUCUGCCGCGAUGACGCAGCGGAUCCCCGGCUUCUGGGCCGGCGCAGCGUCAGCGGCAAAAAACAAUUCGAGCAGAAGUUCCGCCUCGAGGCAUCGUUUUCUGCAGCUUCCGUGGCGGAAGGCUGCCGGGAGCGGGAAGGCGGGCAAGCAGUCGCGGACUUCCCACCUAAUCGGAUGCAGCAGUAUCCGUCUGUCGCACGGGACGAUGCCUUGGGGAGGGGGCAGGGGUUGAUCAUGUCAUCUCUGUCUUGGCGCAAGGUGGAGGAAGCGGUGCAGGCCGGCUGGGCCACCUUGGUUCAGACGGUGAAAGUCCGGGAGACCAAAAGCAGGGACUCGAAGGUGGUCGGUCUCUUGCCCGAGGGUCGUCUCGUCAAAAUCUCGAAGCUUUGUUCCAAGUCCGCCCUUCUGGAAGAGCCAGUGGUGGGCUGGAUAACACUGUGCAAGGGGGGUGCCGUACUUCGGCAAGACCCAGCCCAGAAGCAGCCGGAGAGCUCGGCGACCAUGUGGGCCGUUGCCAACGUGAUGGCCCGGUAUGGGGCCACGCCAACGCUGGCGAGUGCCACGCCGGGUAGCAGCACAGACGUGCAGGAAUUGGAGUUGGAGACAGAUGCCGCGGUUGCCGUGACGGUCCAGGCAGUCGAGACGCCAGCUUCUGAGAAGCCUUUCCAUUUCUUGCCGUCGGUGGGGACCUGGCUCUCCGCCGCUGUCGCACCGCAAACAGGACUGCUGCCAUCUACACGGAGGGCGACCUCCAACACAGACAUGGCUCCUGCAUCGUUUGCCGUGGAUUUUUUCGUAGACCACGCGGUCGUGGAACCCAAAGCAGAGGCGCAAGAAAUCAUCGACCAGGUUGCCGUGACGCCAUUCCGGCAGUUGCCAUCCGUUGGCACCUGGCUCUCUGCGUUCACCCCGCGGAACAUCAGCGAAGAGCAACUUGGACGGCAGGGCGACCAGAUUGUUUCGCUGCUUCGCCCCGUGGUGCAGCGGAGGCCACUAUCUUCUUCACGGAGGGCAGCCUCGAGGACAGAUGCGAUUCAGGAGAGUUCUGAGUGUGGGAGCUUCUGGGUGACGCUGCAGCGGGUGGAGGAAGCGGUGCAGGCCGGCUGGGCCACCUUGGUUCAGACGGUGAAAGUCCGGGAGACCAAAAGCAGGGACUCGAAGGUGAAGCAGCAUGAGAGCUCGGCUACCAUGUGGGCCGUUGCCAACGUGAUGGCCCGGUAUGGGGCCACGCCAACGCUGGCGAGUGCCACGCCGGGUAGCAGCACAGACGUGCAGGAAUUGGAGUUGGAGACAGAUGCCGUGGUUGCCGUGACGGUCCAGGCAGUCGAGACGCCAGGUUCUGAGAAGCCUUUCCAUUUCUUGCCGUCGGUAGCGACCUGGCUCUCCGCGGCUGGUGCACCCCAAACAGGACUGCUGCCAUCUACACGGAGGGCGACCUCCAACACAGACAUGGCUCCUGCAUCGUUUGCCGUGGAUUUUUUCGUAGACCACGCGGUCGUGGAACCCAAAGCAGAGGCGCAAGAAAUCAUCGACCAGGUUGCCGUGACGCCAUUCCGGCAGUUGCCAUCCGUUGGCACCUGGCUCUCUGCGUUCACCCCGCGGAACAUCAGCGAAGAGCAACUUGGACGGCAGGGCGACCAGAUUGUUUCGCUGCUUCGCCCCGUGGUGCAGCGGAGGCCACUAUCUUCUUCACGGAGGGCAGCCUCGAGGACAGAUGCGAUUCAGGAGAGUUCUGAGUGUGGGAGCUUCUGGGUGACGCUGCAGCGGGCGCUCCGUGAGAUGUGCUGUGUCGGUGGAGGAAGCGGUGCAGGCCGGCUGGGCCACCUUGGUUCAGACGGUGAAAGUCCGGGAGACCAAAAGCAGGGACUCGAAGGUGGUCGGUCUCUUGCAGCGGCGACCAUGUGGGCCGUUGCCAACGUGAUGGCCCGGUAUGGGGCCACGCCAACGCUGGCGAGUGCCACGCCGGGUAGCAGCACAGACGUGGAGGAAUUGGAGUUGGAGACAGAUGCCGCGGUUGCCGUGACGGUCCAGGCAGUCGAGACGCCAGGUUCUGAGAAGCCUUUCCAUUUCUUGCCGUCGGUAGCGACCUGGCUCUCCGCGGCUGGUGCACCCCAAACAGGACUGCUGCCAUCUACACGGAGGGCGACCUCCAACACAGACAUGGCUCCUGCAUCGUUUGCCGUGGAUUUUUUCGUAGACCACGCGGUCGUGGAACCCAAAGCAGAGGCGCAAGAAAUCAUCGACCAGGUUGCCGUGACGCCAUUCCGGCAGUUGCCAUCCGUUGGCACCUGGCUCUCUGCGUUCACCCCACUGCACAUCAGCGAAGAUCGACUUGGACGGCAGGGCGACCAGAUUGUUUCGCAGCCUGAGAACGAGAUGCUUCGCCCCGUGGUGCAGCGGAGGCCACUAUCUUCUUCACGGAGGGCAGCCUCUAGGACAGAUGCGAUUCACGAGAGUUCUGAGUGUGGGAGCUUCUGGGUGACGCUGCAGCGGGCGCUCCGUGAGAUGUGCUGUGUCGGCAUCCGCCAUUUAGGCCUCUGGCCGGCUUCUCGGCUGAAGUUCGCAGUGGUCGAAGAGAUGCUGUCAUCUCAUCAGCUGGCAUCACGGCAGCCUGAUUCUUUUCAUGUGGGAUCUGUCGGCCCGGUGCCCAGGGCUUUGCUGGAGAAGUUUGUAUGCGCCUUUGCAUUGGUCUUCUUGCUAGGAACUUGCGAUCGUGAAAGCGCUCGAAUGAAAGUCUUCAUGUCUAGAAAACUGGAGAAGUCCAAGGCCAAGCUCAAUUCCCCGGGUCCAGUCUACGACAUCCCCUCGGUGGGAGCAGCCCCGAGCUUCUCCUUCGGAACCGACGUGCAGCGGAAGCACGAUCCCAAGAAGUAUCCAGACUCGACCGUGGACCUGACAUGCGGGGGUGCCACGGUCGACACGCAGAAAGUGAAGUACGCGAAGACUCCGGGCUGCCACUUCGGCACUGAGCCAGGGCAGAAGCUCAGCCUCAAGAAUGCGGAGAUCAUCCGCACUCAUGCAGGGUUGGCUCUGGGUCGGAAAGACGGCAAGGGUCCUCUCACCGAUGUCCCCGAAGCACCAAGAUCUGAGAUUCGCGCAGAGUCCCCAAGUGCCCUGGAGUAUCACGUCAAGGAGGUGGCAAAGCGCGUGCCCGCACCCUGGCCUGCCUACUCCUUUGGGCCCACAGAGUCCAUGACGCCACGGAAGCCGGAACCCAGGCUCCCACCCAAAGCCGUCCAGCCUUGGCCAGCAGCCGAUGUCUCCGCGCCCCACCGCGCCGGCGCGGAUGGCCUGGACGAUGCCCGGCCGCAGUCCCCGGGAGAAGACGCAGGGCAGACGGAGGCUCUUGCGAUCGAGGACAAAGUCUUCAGCUCCAUCGGCAAGCAGGUGCUGUCCACAAUCCGAUCUCCCCGCUCCGUGGCCACGACGAAGUCCACCCGCGACCAAGUCAACAGGUUUGUUCGAAGUCCGCCCAGCGAAGAGCCACUUGUGGGCUGGGUACACUCUCCAGAGGCGGUGCCGUACCUCGGCAAGAGCCAUCACAGAAGCAGCAGGAGAGCUCUCCUGCUGUUUCUGUGCUGGGUCUUGCCGAAGUACGGCACCUGGCUCUUUGCCUUCACCCCGCUGCACAUCAACGAAGAUCGACUUGGACGGCAGGGCGACCAGAUUGUUUCGCUGCUUCGCCCCGUGGUGCAGCGGAGGCCACUAUCUUCUUCACUGAAGAAGAUAGUGGCCUCCGCGUCACGGAGGGCAGCCUCGAGGACAGAUGCGAUUCAGGAGAGUUCUGAGUGUGGGAGCUUCUGGGUGACGCUGCAGCGGGCGCUCCGUGAGAUGUGCUGUGUCGGUCGCUGA